AGAAACUUGGCAAUCACACAGAAAUCCACACAUUGUGUCUAUCUUAUCUGUUUUAUGUACACUGAACAAAAAUAUAGAUGCAACAUGCAACAAUUUCAAAGAUUUUACUGAAUUACAGUUCAUAUAAGGAAAUCAGUACAUUUAAAUUAAUGAAUUAGGUCCUUAUGUAUGGAUUUCACCUUACUGGGAAUACAGAUAAGCAUCUGUUGGUCACAGAUUCUUCACCCAGAAGAAGGCACAGUGAUGUCAAAACAUUGGUGUUUAUUUAUCUGAUAAAUUACUGGGAGAUUAUACAUAUGGAGUGUUCGACUCUUUUUGUUUUUAUAGGUCACAGAUACUUUACCUUAAAAAAAAAUGGGCCUCACAAUGGGCCUCAUGUAACGGCGUUCCUCCUCCUCUUCAUCCGAAAAGGAGGAGUAGUGAUUCGACCAAAAUGCAGCGUUGUAGUUCGACAUAUUAUUUAAUAAACAAAACAGAAAACACGACGAACACUAGAAUAAUUACAAAACAAUAAACGACGUAGACAGACCUGGACGACGAACUUACAUGAAACACGAAGAACGCAAUAACAGGAAAACUGACUACAUAAAAACGAACAAACAAACAAAACCGAAAACAGUCCCGUGUGGCGUAACAUACAGACACUGACACAGGAGACAACCACCCACAAACAAACAGUGUGAAAACACCUACCUUAAUAUGGCUCUCAAUCAGAGGAAAUGAAAACCACCUGCCUCUAAUUGAGAGCCAUAUCAGGUCACCCUUAAACAAACAUAGAAACACACAACAUAGACUACCCACCCAAAACUCACGCCCUGACCGUCAAACACAUACAAAAUAACAGAAAACCGGUCAGGAACGUGACACCUCAGGAUCUCGUCACAGUAUUUUUGUGCAUUCAAAUUGCCAUCGAUAAAAUGCAAUUGUGUUCGUUGUCCGUAGCUUAUGCCUGCCCAACCAUAAUCCCACGGCCACCAUGGGGCACUCUGUUCACAACGUUGACAUCAGCAAACCACAAGCCCACACGACACCAUGCACAUGGUCUGUAGUUGUGAGUCCGGUUGGACUUACUGUCAAAAAACAUUGGAGGAGGCUUAUGGUAGAGAAAUUAACAUUCAAUUAUCUGUCAAUAGCUCUGGUGGACAUUAUUGCAGUCAGCAUUGCAAUUGCAUGCUCCCUAAAAACUUGAGACAUCUGUGGCAUUGUAUUGUGUGACAAAACUGCACAUUUUAGAGUGACCUUUUAUUGUCCCCAGUACAAGGUGCACCUGCAUAAUGAUCAUGCUGUUUAAUCAGCUUCUUGAUAUGCCACACCUGUCAGGUGGAUGGAUUAUCUUGGCGGAGAAAUGCUCACUCAAAAAUGCUCACUCAAAUUUGAAACAAGCUUUUUGUGAGUAUGGAAGAUUUCUGGGAUCUUUUAUUUCAGCUCAUGAAACAUGGAAUCAACACUUUACUUCACAUUAUAUUUUUGUAAAAAUGUUUCUUAAAUCCAUCCAGGUUGGCUGUAGUGGUUCAGACCAACUCCCCUCCUCCCUUCAGCUACCCUGUGUCAGGAUUCUAAAGGCAACCUGGGAUCACAAAUCUCUGCAGCAGAAGCGUGCUGAGGUGAGAGGGGCUCUGGGAGUGUUGUUGGACGGUGUAGGGAGAGUGAGGAAAGAGACCAAACUCAGCUGUCAGUCAUCUUUGCUGGAAAGACUUGAGCAUGGAAUCACAAACUACCUGCACAUAGUCACCAAACUGGACAUCAAGGGUGACUUGACAGAUCCAGACCCAGGCUGCCCCAGCCAGCAGAGCCGGAGUCUGACCCAGGUGCUGCAGCUGUACGGCAGGCUGCUCCGGGGGAAGCUGGAGUGGCUCUCCCUGGACCUCAGAGACAGCUGUCUGGACCAGAGUUGAUAACCUGGGAUUUCUUCUAUCCCUCUCCAGUAUUAUCAACGCUGAACUGGAUGAGGUAGCAUUCCCUGGUAGAGGCUAUCUGUACUACAUGGCAGUGUUUUGCUGCCACCUGUAUUUAUUAAUGGAGUUACAUUACCCUCUUCUGGUCAUAUACAGUAUGACAUGGUGUUGUACCUGUUGAGGAGUAGUUGGGAUCUGAGUAGGCUACAAAUGGCUACUAUCAAAAGCAGGCACUAUCAGAGAGAACAAGACCAAGACCAAAGAGAUUGGACCUAUGCUCUUAUUAGAUAAGACAAUUUUAAAGACUUUUACCCUGACUUUAAAGUGCCUCUGUGCCAAAUUGGAAGAAGACUAUCAACAGUAUUUUCAAAUGGGAAUAUCAACAGAGUAAAGGUAGCCUAACUUGCAUGGAUUUUCACAGCCAUGUCAGGAGGGAAAGAAACAUCCAUGCUGGAAAUAUAGUUGGUUAAAAUUGAUUACUGCACUGGUUGGAAGAAUGGAAGAGGAAUAUAAAUCAAAGGCAUAUUUUUGAAGAAUUACUAUUUUGGAAAAAGUUGAGCCAGAUGACAAUGAAAAUGUCAAGAGAGAAAGAGUGUGUUGUAUUCUAUAUGUAUCUCUCUGUGUAUAAUGAUUGAUAUUAAAGUGUCCUU